AUGCAAAAUUUAUAUUGUUUAUCAAAACGGUUCGUUUUGGUCAUUUUCCCAGCCUUAGUGGCCACACAACUGCUCCUUAUACGCAAUGUUUCUUCCCUGAAUGGCUAUUGCCCAUAUCCAACACUGAACCUAACCAAUGCGUAUUUGCACCACAAAUGCCUCGUCAAUCAAGGGAAGUAUAAGCCAGGAAGCCAGUACGAGAAAAACCUUAACUCUCACAUCAAAUUGCUUGUUAACUCAGAUUUUCGCGAUGGGUUUGGUCAUGUGACAACUGCUAUGGGAACUCCCAAUAUGGUAAACAUUAUAUUCCAGUGCCGCGGAGACUCUUACCAGUCCAAGUGCCGCUCAUGCUUUUCCGCCGGCAUCUCCGAGCUUCGUAAGAGAUGUUUGAGAAACAAAGGUGGAAUCAUAUGGUUUGACCAGUGUUUUGUCGAGAUUACUGCAAUUGAGGUCAUGGAGGUCAGUUACAAGAACAAUUUUUAUAUGCACAAUCCGAACAAUGUAAGUGGCGAUGCAAAGUCAUUCAACAUGGAGACAAUUGCUUUCCUCAAACAGCUGAUGUUGGAAGCAAACCGUAAAGACAACAUGGAAGGGAGAAUGAUGGCACUGUAUGCGGCCGGGGAGAAGAUGAUCAGGACAAAGAAGUUGUACGCAAUGGUUCAGUGUACGAGAGAUGUAUUCAUGUUUAAGACGCUGUGUAAAGAGUGUUUGGAAAGAAUUAUCAGUGAGUAUCCCAAAUGCUGCGACGGUAAACGAGGAGGAAGAGUUUUGGGCACAAGUUGUAACUUUAGGUAUGAGUUAUAUCCUUUUCUCAGGACUUAA